CGGCGCUUCUCUCCUCCGUGGCAUCCUCUGUUUCUCUCAAGUCCUCAAAUGUGAGACUUCACCGUCGGCACAAACAGGGGAUGUCGAGGCCCGGUUCACGUUAACGACACACGUUAAUAUGAGGAUGAAGAGAUAAAAACAGGACCCGUUAAAUUCCCAGUUAAGUUAAGUGAAAGUGGAGUGAUGAUGUUUGCUGUUGACUGAGGUCCAGUCCAAACUACAAAAUGAAGAGGAGGCUGCUUCGCGGUUUCCUGUCGGAAGUUUCCGUCCGGAUGGCGCUGUUCCUCGUGUUCCUUGUGACGGAGCAGCUUCCUCCUUUCUACCGUGAGAUCCAGCCGGAGGAGAUGUGGUUGUAUAAAUUCCAUCGUGUGGAGAGAGACCACGUACCCACCUCUCUGAUGUUUAGUGUGGCGGUUUUCACCCCGCUGAUUGUAAUCGUGGUUUUUGCAUUUCUGAAGAAGUCAGAGCGAGGAGAUCUGAAGGAGGCGACACUGGCUGUGACUUUGACUCUGGUGUUGAACGGAGUUUUCACCAACGUUAUCAAACUUGUUGUGGGCAGACCGCGGCCAGACUUCUUCUAUCGCUGUUUCCCAGACGGUCAGAUGAACCUGGAGAUGCACUGCAGUGGUGACCCAGAUGUGGUGAUGGAGGGCAGGAAGAGCUUUCCUAGCGGGCACUCUUCCUUUGCCUUUGCAGGUUUGGGUUUCACGGCGCUGUACGUCGCAGGAAAGCUGCGCUGCUUCAACGCAGCAGGUCAAGGCAGAGCGUGGCGGCUGUGUGCCUUCCUCACACCUUUACUCAUCGCGACUGUGAUCGCUCUCUCCAGAACCUGCGACUACAAACACCACUGGCAAGAUGUAUUAGUGGGUUCUCUGCUGGGUCUCGUCUUCGCCUGGCUGUGUUACAGGCAGCACUACCCUCCUCUUCAGGAUGCUGACUGCCACAGACCUCUGCGUCACAGAGAGACUGUUCCCGCUGCACAGGAGCGCAAAUUGGCCAACUCCACCUACAUCCUGCCCCUGUAGAACAGCUGUAACUGUUACUGGUGUCAUCCAUACUGGGUUACAUGGUAAUCCCUCUGGUUUUCUCACUCUUUGGGCUGGGCAGUUUAUCAGUAUUUAUUGUUUAUCGUCAAUCAUUGUAACUGUAUAGUGGGAUUUUUUGUAUGGUGACAUAUGGUUUAUUUUUUAAACUGAAAAUACUAAUGACACAUUUCGAGUAGCUCCUGAAACACCUGAGAGUUGCUGUAAAUAACAACUCCAGUUUAAAAAUAAACAACUGAAGGUGUUUCCAAACCUAAACAGAUCAUGACAUAAAAAAACUCAACUAUGGAGGGCCUGCUGAAUAUCACGCACAGCCCUGCACUUUCUGUGUAUUGUGCCUCUAGAUCACAUAACUUUAAAUCCUCACACCAGCUGAGCAGGUCAACAACACAAGCACUGCACUAAUAGUCCACUGCCCAUCAGCCACCAGCUCAGCUGCUGUGGGGCACAUUAUCAAGUAGGGACAAUAUUUGGUGAUUGUUUUGUAAAACUUUUUCAACAAGCAGGGUUGAUGGAAAAAUAUUCAGUAUUGUUUUUUUAAAUUACAUAUAAUAUUCUAAAAUUAAUCAGAAAAAAUCUUAAUAAAUGAAUAUGUAAUAUAUUUAAGGUAAUAAAUAUUAAACAUAAUCAUUAGUUUCAGCUCAAGCUUAAAAAGAUCCACAUAUUCAUGACUGAGAGUUUCAGCUGCAUCUUGAAGUCUUUUUCUACGAAUGGAGCUCUACGAAUUCAAGACCUGAAUGUGAAACAAGGACCCCGGACAUCAGACUGAAUGAACACCAUAAACACACGGUUUAUGACCACAAGUCAGCGGACAGGCUAUAAAAAUUUUAAAGUGGGCACCCUUUGAAUAUUUAUACGGGUUUCAAUCUCUUGUUGAAAUAACCCUUUAUCUGUAAUAUGACCUGUUUCAUAACAAUUACUCAGCGGGUGUUAAUUUGAAUUUGUUAAGAAGUUUCAUAGUCUUUCGGUUGUGAAAUGCGGGUCCCUUUUUUAAUUCAUGAAGAAUGUUCAAUUGUUUUUGGAUUCUCCGUUCACCAGAGGCAUG